AUGCUGGACGACUCCUCUGGCUCCCAGCGCAGGACGGUGUCCAGGUAUUCGAUGGCUGCAGCUCCUUCGCAAGGUGUUGCCUACGACAAGGUCUUGGUGCUCGCGACGGCGAUUGAGAUCAUCCACACGGCUUCCCUGGUCCACGACGACAUCCUCGAUGACGCCGACACGAGGAGGCAGCAGCAGACGAUGCAUAGGAUCUUCGGCCCAGACGUUGCGGUGCUCAGUGGGGAUUUCCUCUUUGCCCACGCCUCGGGCCUCAUCGAGUCCCUGGAGGAGGAUGAGGUAACCCGACUGGUCUCCUUGGUGAUAGAAGAGUUUGGCUAUGGAGAGAUGUCUCAGAGUGCGAAGCGCUUCGACACCCAAGUCAGUCUUUUCAACUACUUGAAGAAGAGCUUUUACAAAACCGCAUCGCUGCUGGCCGCUGCAUGCCGGGCGAGCGCGGUGCUCACUGGCCCACCGGCUGAGGUCUGCGAUGUCUUGUACAGCUACGGCUUCUACCUUGGCCUGGCUUUUCAAAUCGCCGAUGAUGUGCUGGAUUUCGUUGGCUCUGGGGAGGAACUCGGGAAGCCAACAGGGCAAGACCUGAGGGAAGGAAACCUCACGGCGCCGGUGAUCCUCUGCCUCCAUGGCAAUGAGGACCUCGGGAUGACCCCGGCUCCUGGCAGCAAGGAGCUCGCCAGGAUAAUCCAGAGGCGUUUCAAAAACAGCGGUGACCUGGAGAGAGCUCUGCAGCUCAUUGAUGAGGGAGACGGUGUCCAAAGAGCCUAUGCCCUCGCUGAGAAGAUGGCCAACAAGGCCUUGGAAGCCUUGUCGCUGGUGGCCCCGGCGGACACGGAUGCUCGCCGUGCCUUGGCAGGGCUGACCAGGUGGGCAGUGAAGCGGUCCAGCUGA